ACUCAAUUGUCUCACAUUUACCACACGUUUGAGACACAACUCACGGCUGAAGACAAACACAACUACAAUGAGUUGACACAAGAGUUGCGACCAUUGGAUGCGGGCGUCAAACGGGAAGACACGGCCGACACUAGAGUUCACGGACUCUACCAUUCGCUGCAGUGGACGACACCCGCGGAUCUACUAAUCGCCAGUUUAACCACCGAUGAAGGCAUUGAUGCGACACCUGUUGUGCCGAAGAAGACGCCGACAAAGAGGCCGAAGAAGACGUGCGAUACCAACAACACAAGUGAUAACGCGGUUGUGGUUAAACAGCGGCGCCGCCGGAGCCCUAAGACACCGGUCAGCGAGUGUUCGCCUGAAGAGCUGGAAGAGUUGCGCCAGAAGUAUGUGGACAGGAAAGACAUAUGGGAUGCGGACACACAGCGGUUCCUGUGCCCGAAGAAUGACUGCCCCGUGUCGUCCAAAUCCAUCAAAAAUCUGUACAAUCACUUGCGGACCAGUCAUAAGAUGCCGUCGAUUGGUAUCUCAUGUCAGGACAGAGUCAACGAACACACGGCUCCCUAUUUGUCGCCCGACGGCCAGCACUACGUGUGCGUUGAGCCCAACUGUCUUCAGCCGAACGGCGUGUUUGACAAUCAGCUUAACUUUUACCGACAUCUGAUCAAAGAUCACCGCAAACUGCCGGACAUUGUCUGCGAAUACUGCGGCAAAGUGUUCAAGAAGGCAAAGCUGUACACACUUCACAAGCGGAUCCACACCAACACAAAGCCAUACGCGUGUCAUAUGCCGGGCUGUGAGUACAGGGGCCGCACGAAACCGCAACUCAAUUAUCACAUGGCUGUCCACACGGAGGACCGACCGUUUCUGUGCGCACACGAGGGCUGCGCCAAGACUUUUAAGAGCCGCGAGAAACUGCGCGAACACUCGGAGACACACGACCCGCACUUCCGGAUCAAGUGCUCGGCCGACGGGUGCGACGAGUGGUUCAAGAGUCGCUACUGGCGUACCAUUCAUGUCAAACUCGUGCAUAAGGGUCUGCCGCCGGAGCUCUGCAAGAAAGUGGCCAAAAAGUUUGUGUGCGAUUGGCCGGGAUGUGAGUUCCGCGGCGCCCUCCAGAACCUCGCCAUUCACAAGAGUGUCCACACGGGUGAGCGACCGUUCGCCUGCGAUUGGCCCAACUGUGGCAAACGGUUCCGUUUGAAACAGUAUCUUAACGACCAUAAGAAUAUCCACAUUAACCAAAAGCCAUUGGUGUGUCACUGGCCUGGAUGUGCCUAUCGGUGCAACGAUUCAGGCAAUCUUCGCAAACACAUCCGCACUACUCAUAAAUAA